AGACAAACAGAAAUUGGAAAUGGACGAAAUGCGCUCUCUAAGAGACGAGCAACGAGAACUGAUCGACGAGUACAUCAGCGAGGAGAGAAGAUUACGGGAGGAAGCGGAGCACCGCGGUAAACUGCACAAAGCUGCGACCGUCAUUCAGUCAAGAUGGAGGGGUCACAUGGUGAGGCGGGAAUUGGGAAAAUAUAAAAACCUGCGAAAACGGUUGAAGAGGCGAAAGAAAUUAAGCAAGAAAUUCAGACUAGAAGCUAAAAGAUAAGAACAAGAUAUCGAACUUGAUGUCGUAAUUAAAAGAAAGAAAGAGUUUCAGAUAAGCAAAUUACGGGGAAAGUCGUGUUUCAUCAUUGAGAAAUCCUUCUUACAUGCUAUUACAAUAACUCGCUUUGGCGUGUCUGUAUAAAUUACUCAAAUAUAUUUUUAAACAAA